AUGGCCCGGCUCCCGGGGCACCCGGAGGUCACCGGCCCAGAGCCUGGCAGCACAGGCCGGGGAGGUCGAGGCAGUAGAGCAGCCCGAGCGCGACACGUCAUUAUCAACGUCGGGGGCUGCCGGGUGCGGCUGGCCUGGGCCGCGCUGGCCCGCUGUCCCCUGGCACGCCUCGAGCGCCUGCGAGCCUGCCGCGGCCACGACGAGCUGCUGCGCGUGUGUGACGACUACGACGUGAGCCGCGACGAGUUCUUCUUCGACCGCAGCCCGUGCGCUUUCCGCGCCAUCGUGGCGCUGCUGCGCGCCGGCAAGCUGCGGCUGCUGCGGGGCCCGUGCGCCCUGGCCUUCCGCGACGAGCUGGCCUACUGGGGCAUCGACGAGGCGCGGCUGGAGCGCUGCUGCCUGCGUCGCCUGCGCCGCCGCGAGGAAGAAGCCGCCGAGGCGAGCUCCGGGCCACCCAGCCGCGGGCCCCCGGGGAGCCCGGUGCGUGCCCUGGGGACCGGGCGGCUGGAGCGAGGCCGACGGCGCCUGCGCGAUGUGGUGGAGAACCCGCACUCCGGCCUGGCAGGCAAGCUCUUCGCCUAUGUCUCCGUGGCCUUCGUGGCGGUCACAGCUGUCGGCUUGUGUCUGAGCACCAUGCCUGACAUCCGAGCAGAAGAGGAGCGGGGCGAGUGCUCCUCGAAGUGCCGCAACCUGUUCGUGCUGGAGACGGUGUGCGUGGCCUGGUUCUCCUUCGAGUUCCUGCUGCGCUCCCUGCAGGCCGAGAGCAAGUGCGCCUUCCUGCGGACUCCGCUUGCCAUCAUCGACAUCCUGGCCAUCCUGCCCUUCUACGUGUCGCUGCUCGCAGGGCUGGCGGCAGGGCCCACGGGCAGCAAGAUGCUGGAGCGCGCGGGGCUGGUGCUGCGGCUGCUGCGGGCGCUGCGCGUGCUUUACGUGAUGCGCCUGGCGCGCCACUCGCUGGGACUGCGCUCGCUGGGCCUCACCGUGCGCCGCUGCGCGCGCGAGUUCGGACUACUGCUGCUCUUCCUCUGCGUGGCCAUGGCGCUCUUCGCGCCGCUCGUGCACCUGGCCGAGCGCGAGCUGGGCGCUCGCCGCGACUUCUCCAGCGUCCCCGCCAGCUACUGGUGGGCCGUUAUCUCCAUGACCACCGUGGGCUAUGGAGACAUGGUGCCGCGCAGCCUUCCCGGCCAGGUGGUGGCGCUGAGCAGCAUCCUCAGCGGCAUUCUACUCAUGGCCUUCCCGGUCACCUCCAUCUUCCAUACCUUCUCGCGCUCCUACUCGGAGCUUAAGGAGCAGCAACAGCGCGCGGCCAGCCCUGAGCCGGUCCUGCGUGAAGACAGCACACGCGACGACAGCACGCGUUCGGCCAGCGCCACCGAGGACAACUCGCAGGACCCCGAGAGCGCAGGCACAGCAGGGAGCUCACCAAGCCGGAGGGGACCCUGA